AUGUCUUCGUCUGUGCCAUAUGACCCAUACGUUCCCCCAGAGGGGGCGCAGUCGCAGUCCAAAGCGGCCGCAUUGAAAGCAGAAAUCGAUGACACGGUAGGCAUAAUGCGGGAUAAUAUCAACAAGGUGGCGGAGCGUGGUGAACGGUUGACGUCGAUACAGGACAAGGCGGACAACCUUGCUGUGUCUGCGCAAGGGUUCAAGCGCGGCGCGAACCGCGUCCGGAAACAGAUGUGGUGGAAGGAUUUGAAGAUGCGGCUAUGCUUAGUUCUUGUGGUGGUACUUCUCUUGAUCGUUAUCAUCGUGCCGAUUGUCGUACACUUCACUUAA